CAUCAUUUCCCCAUCUUUAAUUCAAUUCAACAGAUCCAGAAAACACACGAAUUUUGAAUUUGGAAGAGUUGUUUUCUCAGUUUCAAUUUCAGAGAGAAGUUUUGAAUUUCGUUGUUCUCGGUUUCAAUUUUGGAGAGAGGAAUUUAUUAGGUGAGGGAAAAAUUGGAAAAAACACAGAAAAACGGCCAACUGAUAAAAAUCUUAAUCUCCUCGCUAUCCCAACGUCCAGAAACGGAGGGAGUAGUAUAUUUGUUACUUUUGUUGAAAAAAAAAAAGAAAAAAAGAAAAAGAAAAAAAUCAUGCUUAUAUCAACAUCCAGAAACUAGCUGCCUAAUGCCUCUGCUAAGACCAGACCCUAAUAACCGAAUUCAAAUUCUUUAAUUCCUACUCUUCUCCGGCGAAAGAACUCAACUAAUAUCCUAGUGUUAGGGUUUCACACUGAAUACUUGACUUCUUACUUUCCAAAGCUCCAUAAUUGUUAGGGUUUGAUCAGAAACCCCCAACUUGCGGAUAUGCCAAGAGAACUUCCAGGGUUUUACUUUGACCCUGAGAAAAAUAGGUAUUUUGCUAUUAAAGGACCAAUUCCUGGCUUUAGCAAUCUGCAAAGACCACCUUUAAAAGAACCAGACAAGCAGCCAAAUGAACAGCAUAGUGUGUGUAGUCAAAGAAAGGGAAUUAGAACUGCUAACUUGCUUCAAUUUAGGGAGUUAUAUGGCGGAAACGUUGCCCCUUUUGGCAAGGGGAGGUGUAGUUUCCAGCACGAGUACCAAAAGAACCGAGCAUCCCAACCAAUGAUUUGGAAGUAUAAGAAAACUGAUAUGAUUGCUGACAGUGCUUUGGAGCAGUUGCGCGUUGAUAUACAAACACCAGAAGGGAAAAAUGAAGCAAAUGGUUUACUGAUGGGUAGCACUAACGGGUCGUUGAGUUUUUAUGAAGUUAGCAAAGAUGAACAAGAUUUUGAUUACGGGAUUAAGUGCACACCAGAUUUUGUCUGGCCUCUCUUGCAAGAAACCCAAGCUGAGUGCAGCAAUGCACCAGGACAUAUAUGGAGGCCUGCUGGAGCUUCCGAAAUUAUGCCCUCGCAUAUAUCAUGUAUACAGAGGACCCAGAAGCAUUCUCUCUGCAUACCCGAUGAUGGUCCCUCUAAUCUCACCCAGCAUGCAUUAAUAACUACUCUUGGCUCUGACACAUCUGGUGGUUCUCUCUACAUGUUGAAUCUUAGUGAACCCUUAGAUUUAAAUCCAGCCGAUCCUAUUUUGAGAAGAAGAAUUACUAAAGUUGCUUCGGUGAAUUGUACAAUUUGGACGGCUGAUUGCAACACUAAUGGGUCUGAAGCAGUUAUUGGGACCAAUCUAGGAGCAGCCUUGGUAAAUCUAGAGACUGGAGCUUUUUCAUGGCUGUGCCGCUGUAGAAGUGACUUGUUCUCCCUAAAGUUUGACUAUUCGGGAAAUAUCAUUAUAUGUGGAUUUAGAAAUGGAGCAAUUGUGACAGUUGAUGUUCGCCAGAAGCAGGGAGUUUCUGCCGGACUUCCUAGGCACCAAAUACCGUAUUCUUCGUGUACACUUCGUGGUGCAUUGAGUAUUAAUCCAAGGAAAUUUUCUAGGAAAAUGUUUGAGUCUUUCAACUUAUCCAGAUAUAUAUUAGAAGUUACCCAUAAGCCACGUAUUUUAUUUCUUGUUAUCUCGAUUUUGGUGGCUCUUCAAACCUAUGACCAGUAUUUCCUGGCAAGCUCCUUGGAUGGAUCAAUUAAGCUCUAUGAUCAUCGCUUGACCCAGAGAGGAGCUGUCCAGUCUUAUGAAGGGCAAGUGAAUUCCCAUACACAUAUACAGCUUGGAGUUGAUCAUUCUGAAAGUGUUGUCAUGUCAGGUGGUGAGGAUGAUCUAUAUCAUCCAGAAUAUGACACUGACCAGGAUGCUUGAGCUAUUAUAGUACAGUAGGAAGGGAUAGUUUUUGGAUAGGUGGUGAGGAUGGUUAUGUGCGCAUAUGGAGCAUCAAGACCGCUCAGCUUCUCUUCAGCUCUAGAAUCUCAAGUUCUGCUUCUGCUGCCCUCUGCUGGCCCGGAACUGGAAAACAACCGUUGCCAAAGAAAAGACGAGAGUGUGAAGAUGACGAUAUACAUGCGCAGAUUCACAGUUGGGGGGCGUGGCUCGGGUCAAAGGAUGGGCUAUUUCACGUGCAGGGUUUGUGAUUAAGUUGAAACGUGGAAGCUGAGAUAGGUCGACUUGAAUCAAUAUCUUCUCAACAGAAGCAAAUGGGAACGAUUGUUUAUUUAUGGAUUAUAUCAAUUGAAAACGGCAGCCCCUAGGGACAGCGGGUUAAUUACAGGUUUUGGAAUUCCGACACGUCCACCAUAUGAUUUACAUGGUAAAUAUUAGGGUUGAGAGUAUUUUAAGUCUAUAGCAGCUGUAAAUACCGUGCUUAUGAUCUUUUUUGAUAAAUAAGCUUUGGCUAGAAAAAUAGGAAGCUAUUUACACUCGGUAGUAGCAGCUUUGUUUUUUGGAAUUUCAGCUUUAUAAUUGUAAGCACCUGGAUUGGCAGGAGCCGAAGAACUAGAAUGGGGGCUUCGGGUGAUGCCAAGCCGAAGCCACCAUUGGCGAUGAUUAGUGGUUGCCUAAAAAAAACCAUUGUAAUAGUACACGUGUACGGUUAAUGACAAAAGUAUUAGGGUACACGUGUACGACACCUUCAUAUCAGGCUUUGCCUAUAAAAGGAGAGUUAUCCUCCAGAAAGAGACAGAUCUUUUCAGAAAAUUGUACCGUGUAUUGGAAUU